GGUUCCCCUCGCAGCGGUCCAGGCCCUGGGGACCCUUGGGCACGACGCCUCUUGCUCGCCUUUGUUGUCGCGUUCACGGAGGACGGAGUAGCCCCUUGGAGAGUGAGCCCUGUCCGCCCCAGAAGAAAAGAGAAGUACUUUUUUGAAAGGAGCCUAGGAAAAAUAAGGAAAGGCACCCAGGGACUGAGCAUUUCAAAUGCGAGAUGCAUUUUGGCGAUUAGGAAGUAAGCGGUGUGGAGGUAUUUACGGAAGGUAGCAAAGGUAGACAUUGAAAAUAAUUUGGAAGGUUUUGGGGAAUCAGCAAUGGAACCCUAAGACAUUUUAGGGGUAAUGUGGCAUUCAAAUAUUAAGUCGUGAAUCGGUCAUCAAAGUCCUCAUUUUAAAGUAUGUGUGCAACUCUGAUGCCAGCAGUCGUACUUACAACAUCCUCUUCAGGAACCUCGCAGUGAGCCCAUGUUUGGGUGUUUUUCAAACUGUGAUGCUACCCCGGUCGGUGGGGGGGCGGAUUCGCAGAGCUACUGGGAGAAACCUAGCGCUGCUGCUUCCGGAGCAUUCAUUUUACCUCUUCCUAAAGAUCCAGACAUUUAACGUGGAUGCACCAUGCCAGACCGUGGAAGAUUUAACGAGUGGGGUUGUGAUGGCCCAGGUUCUUCAAAAGAUAGAUCCUGUAUAUUUUGAUGAAAAUUGGCUAAACAGAAUUAAAACUGAAGUAGGAGAUAAUUGGAGGCUAAAGAUAAGCAAUUUAAAGAAAAUUUUAAAAGGAAUUCUGGAUUACAAUCAUGAGAUUUUAGGGCAGCAGAUUAAUGACUUUACCCUUCCUGAUGUGAACCUCAUCGGGGAGCAUUCUGAUGCAGCAGAGCUGGGAAGGAUGCUUCAGCUCAUUUUAGGCUGUGCUGUGAAUUGUGAACAGAAACAAGAGUACAUCCAAGCCAUUAUGAUGAUGGAAGAGUCCGUUCAACACGUCGUCAUGACAGCCAUUCAAGAGCUGAUGAGUAAAGAAUCUCCUGUCUCUGCUGGAAAUGAUGCCUAUGUGGACCUUGACCGCCAGUUGAAGAAAACUACAGAGGAACUAAAUGAAGCUUUGUCAGCAAAAGAAGAAAUUUCUCAAAGAUGCCAUGAAUUGGAUAUGCAGGUUGCAGCACUGCAAGAAGAGAAAAGCAGCUUGUUGGCAGAGAAUCAGGUAUUAAUGGAGAGACUUAAUCAAUCUGAUUCUAUCGAAGACCCUAACAGUCCAGCGGGAAGAAGACAUUUGCAGCUCCAAACUCAAUUAGAACAGCUCCAAGAAGAAACAUUCAGACUGGAAGCAGCCAAAGAUGACUAUCGAAUUCGCUGUGAAGAGCUGGAAAAGGAAAUCUCUGAACUUCGGCAGCAGAACGAUGAUCUCACCACACUGGCAGAUGAGGCUCAGUCUCUGAAGGAUGAGAUAGAUGUUCUUCGGCAUUCUUCCGAUAAAGUUUCUAAACUAGAAGGUCAAGUAGAAUCUUACAAAAAGAAACUAGAAGACCUUGGUGAUUUGAGGCGGCAGGUUAAGCUCUUAGAAGAGAAGAAUACAAUGUACAUGCAGAACACCGUCAGUCUAGAGGAGGAGCUGAGAAAGGCCAAUGCAGCUCGAAGCCAGCUCGAGACAUACAAGAGACAGGUAGUAGAACUGCAAAAUAGAUUAUCUGAAGAAUCAAAGAAAGCAGAUAAAUUAGAUUUUGAAUAUAAGCGGCUAAAAGAAAAAGUUGACAGUCUUCAAAAAGAAAAGGAUAGGUUAAGAACAGAAAGGGAUUCUCUGAAGGAAACCAUUGAAGAGCUUCGUUGUGUACAGGCUCAAGAAGGGCAGCUUACAACUCCAGGGUUAAUGCCUCUGGGAAGUCAGGAGUCUUCGGACAGUCUGGCCGCAGAGAUCGUGACCCCUGAAAUCAGGGAGAAACUUAUUCGUCUUCAGCAUGAGAAUAAGAUGUUAAAACUUAACCAGGAGGGUUCAGACAAUGAAAAAAUUGCCUUAUUGCAGAGCCUCUUGGAUGAUGCAAAUCUGCGCAAGAACGAACUGGAGACGGAGAACAGGCUGGUGAAUCAGAGACUUCUGGAAGUACAGUCACAAGUUGAAGAGUUGCAAAAGUCUUUACAGGACCAAGGCUCAAAAGCAGAAGAUUCAGUUCUCCUAAAAAAGAAGCUUGAAGAACAUCUAGAGAAGCUGCAUGAAGCCAAUAAUGAAUUACAGAAGAAGAGAGCCAUUAUUGAAGAUCUUGAGCCAAGAUUUAACAACAGCUCCUUAAAAAUUGAAGAAUUACAAGAAGCUUUAAGAAAGAAGGAAGAGGAAAUGAAGCAAAUGGAAGAACGAUAUAAAAAAUACUUAGAGAAAGCCAAAAGUGUUAUUCGUACUUUAGAUCCUAAACAAAAUCAAGGAGCAGCACCAGAAAUACAAGCUCUUAAAAACCAACUCCAGGAACGGGACCGACUGUUCCACUCAUUAGAGAAAGAAUAUGAGAAAACAAAGAGUCAAAGAGAGAUGGAAGAGAAAUACAUUGUUAGUGCCUGGUACAAUAUGGGAAUGACUCUGCAUAAGAAGGCGGCUGAAGAUAGACUGGCUAGCACAGGGUCAGGGCAGUCCUUUCUGGCCAGGCAGAGACAAGCAACCAGCACGAGGAGGUCUUACCCAGGCCACGUGCAACCAGCCACAGCAAGAUGGGUCACCGCAUAGGAGGAGGAGAUUUCAUGUACUUGCUACUUGGAAGUUCGAGUUUUACUUAGUUCUGUAUAUUAAACACAAAUAAGCAACUAUACAUUCUGAGAAUUUUCAGAAACUAUAUUCAAGUGAUUGUAAAUCCUUCUUUUUUUCAUAAGUGAAUCUAAAAAUUGUAGUGUUUUUAUUUGUCCUCAGAAACCGUAGCUAUAGAAGGUAUGAGAAUAUACACAAGCUGACUCCGUACAGUUUGCUAAUCUUUAACAUUCGUACAGAAGUCUGAGCAUAAUGUGAAACUUCUGCCUGAUCACACACAAGCAGCAAGAAUGACUAAGAAAGGAGAGAGCCACUGAGUAGAUUGCAUGGCGGGGUUUCAGGAGGCCGAGCAGACCUAGUCAGCGCAUGAAGUUGUGACAGUGAUCAGAAACUACUCAUGAUGGUUCUUACCCCCACUCUUAUAUCAUAAAUAGCGUGAGGAUUCAGCUGUUUCUAAAACAAAUUAGAAUGUGAACAUUAAUCUUUAUAAAAUUAAAGCUACUAGAAAAUUAUACCUGUAGAAUAAGAUAGGUAAAAACAAAAGUCUGUGAACUACUCAUUAAAUGAAUUGUAUCGUGUGAGAUGAGGGUGUUAGGUUUGGCUCUCUGUUUACUGCCCUCAUUCUGGUCUCCAACCCAGCCACCUGCCCAACAUUUCCUCUCUGAAUGGCCUGGGAAGGUGCCAGGGUCCUAGAGGGAAGUUUUAGCUCUGAUUUUCUUCAGCACCUGUACUAUGCUGUGAUUUUGGUGAUUGUAUUUAUAACGUUAUUCACCUAUAUCUUUAAAGUUCAGUAUAUUACUUCUAUUACAUAGAAGAAAUUGUAUUUCUAAACAUUUUAUAGAAUUUAAAAACAAAACAGGCUUUUAAAAGAAGUAACAUCUGAAUAUACUUUAGGUAUCGGAAAGCCAAGAGUAAAACUUCACUGUGACAGUGGUGGCCCAGCUUUGGGUGGGACUGAGGAUAUUUCUGUUUAUCCAAGAACAACUUCUCAGGAGGUUGGCGAUGAUGUAUGGCCUCUCUGGGAGUUGAGUGACAUUUGGAGCUUUAUCUGGAUGUGAGGGAAGCUGUGCUCUGUUCUCACCAACUCCUCGCACACAGCAGCCUCAGGGUGCUGCUGGCUCGGACACUGGCCCACCCGGUGUCUGCAGCGGAGCCAGGGCCGCGGUGCUGCCUCAGGAGCAGUGAGCUGUCACACAGCGUCUAGGCCUUACAGCCACAAAGCUGGACUUCAGUUUCUCUUCUUACUAGGGUAAGAAAAUACAAAGUAAGUGAAAAAAGUGAAGACUAUUAAAACAUAGCAUUUAUGUCCCACAAGUGUGUAGUUAAGUUGAUAACCAGAAAUGAAUCCAGGAAGCGUACUAGCUAAUCACAUCUGAAAAGCGCAUAAGCAAUACAGUUGUACAUAUUUUAAAACACUUUUAAAAACUGAUGAUAUAUUUUUACUAUUUGUCUAAUUACUUAAUAAUGACCACGAAGGUGUGGGGUCUAGUGGCUGAAGCGCAGAUUGACUGUGACUGACUGUACAGAUUGGGUCCUGCAGGCUCAUGUGCAGGCCCAGAAUCCCGAAAGGAGGGAGAAAUGGAGACGGGAUUGUGGUGUGACCGUUCUCCAUGGGGGGUGCUUUCUCACUUUUCUUCUCUUUUUUUCUCUCUCUCUUUGCCCAGCAAGCACACAUAUCCUCUCGUCAGAUUAAAAUAAUAAUUUAAUAACCAAGAAAAACAAGUCCCUAAAUAAAGGCCCCAUAUUCUGAAACUUAGCAAGAGUGAAUUAUUUCUAGUAGAUAUCCUUAACCUGGUAAAAUCGACUUCAAGGGAUGAUUAGAUUACAAUAGGGACAAAGUGGUCUUACAGGGUCAUCAGAAAAGUCAUGACACAUUUCUGCAUAGGAAAACAUGUCAUGACUUUUCCGACAACCCAAUACUUUGUGGAAAUUUUGUGUGUACACUAAAAGCCUUAGUUGUACAAAACUGAGGUAAAUGUUAUCCAGACAGAAACAUGAUCCUACAUAUUUUAUCAUUUCUCACGAAGGAAUGAAAACCCAUGCCGUGCCAACAGCUUGAUAGUGAGUGUUAAGUGAAAGAUGAGUCAGGGUGCAGAAAAAGGACAGAUUUCAUUUAUGAGCGGCUGUACUCACAUUUUCUUUUCCAUGGCAGUUUGGUUUAUUCUCGUUUGCUAAGUAAUAAUAUAAAAUAUUUUCGAGUGUCUCUUAUUCCUACACAAGCAUUGUCUGUUGUUUUAGUGAGAAUACCAUGUUAAAAGCUUGAAAAUCUUUAUCCCAAUAUAAUAAUUAGCAUGAAAGAAAAUUUUGAAAUUAUUGUAACUCUCUUUGUUUAAUUUUGAACUGUCCAGUUUCAGCUCCCGGACUGUUACAAUUACCCUCAGUUGGAACAUGUGAGAUUUAGCUUAAGAAGCAUCCACAGCCUACAGGUAGUGGGAACAUAGCUAGUUACAGCCAUGUGGAUGAGCAUAUCUUUGAUGCUAAAGCAAGAGGAAAGCGCUUUUCAUCUUCCCUUUUUGCUAAGGGAAAAAUAACGUUAAGACAAAAUGCUUUUGCUGUCUUUUCAUUAAACUUUGCAAAAAUAUUUUUAUCCUUAUAUUAUGAAAAGAUUCUUUGCCUAGAAAUGGCCACUGAACUGAGAGAGCAUUGUACCCCUUAGCAGCAAAGACUAUGUGAUACCCUAAAGUAGAUAAAAGAAUGUUCUGAACAGAAUAAGAUGGGAUCUCAGAAUCUUUAAAAUUAUUGGGACCAGCAGUUAGCGUAAUGGCUGUGUUGCUGGACUCCCAUGUAGUCAACCACAGUUCGAGCCCCAGACUGGGUGACUUAAACUCAUGCCAGGUGCAUGU